AUGCCUUUCUCAUCUCGAUGGUCUCUUGAUAUUCCUGACAUCUCGAUCCCUUCUUUUAUAUUCGGAUCGUCCUCUGCUGCUAUUUUGCCGGACAAAGGGCCACUAUUUAUCGACGCUAAACGACCCGAUAUCAAUUUUACGCACCAUAGCUAUCGCGAGUUCGCCAAGCGACUCGCUGUUGGUCUAAUUGAUGCUGGCCUUAAAACUGGUGAUCGGGUGAUGCUAUUCUCUGGCAACCACAUCUUUAGCCCUAUUGUCAUCAUGGGAACAGUGAUGGCAGGCGGUGUUUACAACAGCACCAAUCCAGGUUACAUGCCGCAUGAAGUGGCAUAUCAAUUAAAGACUUGCCAGCCUACGUUUCUGCUUGUCGCCGACAACUGCUUGGAGCGGGCUCUCAAAGGAGCUGAUAUGGUUGGUUUCAACAAGAAGCAAAUCUACCAGUUCGGGGAUCCCCAGUCUAAGACCGACAGCUCAAUCAGGUCUUGGGCACAGCUUAUCGCUUCACCGGAGCGCGGGGCGAAGUACCAGUGGGAAGAACUGAACACUCCAGAGUCGUCCACUCGAACUGCCAUACUGAUAUUCUCUUCGGGUACAACUGGUCUACCUAAAGGCGUUGAGAUAUCGCAUCGCAACCUGGUUGCGAAUGUGUCGCAGCUCCUGAAAAUGCAGACUCUGUCAAAUUCAGCACCUGAUCCAAGCAGCGUCUGGCGCCGACGAGGCCUGUGUUGUUUACCCAUGUACCAUGCACUGGGUCUGACCUUCUACAAUUUCGUUGCUCCUAAAGGGGAUAUCCAGGUCUACAUAAUGGAGCGCUACAAACUGGAUGACGUUUUGCAGCAUAUUCAAGACUACAAGAUAUCGGAGCUGGUCAUGGUGCCUCCGAUGGUUCUAGGAUUUGCCAAGCAUCCUCAAAUCACCAAAUACGAUUUGAAAAGUGUCAGAAAGGUCAUGGUUGGAGCAGCCCCGUUGGGUAUUGAGUUAACUGCUCAGUUCGAGUCGAUCUGGAACGGCGAUGUGAGAAUCCGACAGGUUUGGGGAAUGUCAGAACAGCCAUGCAUGGUAACUGCGUGGCAUGAAGAUGAAAACAAUGCUCCCGCCUCUACAUCUGUUGGAGAACUUCUUCCUGGCUGUGAUGCCAUGCUCAUGCGCCCAGAUGGGACAGAGGAGACCCGCCCCAAUCAGCGCGGAGAGAUUUGGAUUCGCGGCCCCAACAUGAUGAAGGGCUACUGGAACAAUGCUACUGCUACCAAAGCUGCCAUGACCGACGGGUGGCUCAUGUCUGGAGAUAUUGCAUAUUUCGACGAGAAGCGAAAGUUCUACAUCGUCGACAGAAUCAAGGAGUUGAUCAAAGUCCGAGGUGCCCAGGUUGCCCCAGCAGAGCUGGAGGCUCUGCUUCUCGAGAACGAACACGUAAGGGAUGCAGCAGUGAUAGGCGUGAAGACUGCAACUGAGGAUGAAGACCCACGUGCCUACAUUGUGCCGGAAGACAAGAAGAAGGUGGCACCAAAGGAUAUUGAGUCUUGGAUCAACAGCAGGGUUUCCAAACAGAAGCGGAUCACAGGAGGUGUUCUUUUCGUUGAUUCUAUCCCUAAGAAUCCGAGUGGCAAGAUCCUUCGUCGUUUCUUACGGGAACACGCGGCCAAAGAUUCUAAACAGUCGAAACUGUAG